AUGGUUUCAAACAAUGCUGUUCCGAUGAAGUUAGAAAGUUCUGACAGAAGAUAUGUAGUUGUCAGAACGUCAGAUUCUCAUAUGCAAGAUACAGAAUAUUUUGACGACUUAGCAGAAACUUUGACAUCUGACUUUUACAACCACUUGUUCUCAUAUUUUAUGACAUUAGAUAUUUCUAAGUUCAAUCCAAGACAAAUUCCACAUACCGAAGAGAGACAAACAUUGUUAGAAGCAAACAAGAGUGUAUAUGAACUGUUCAUAGAUGAAACUGACUUUGAGUGUUUAGAUGAAAGGUCAUUGUACGAUUCGUAUAAACAAUAUUGUCAAGAAUAUGGUUAUAUGACAGCGUCUAAACGAACAUUCUUGGCAAAUGUCAAAAGUCUUUUAGACGUACAGAAUGGUGUAUAUACAAAGAAAAAUUUUUAUGAGUAA